GUACGAGAAAGAGAAACUGCGUUUCAGGAAAUCGCCAUUUUGGAUCUAUCCCCCAUUUGCUGCUAAAAUGCAAGCAGUCUUGUAUUGAACCAAAAUGUCGUCAGUUUCUCUAUAGUCCUGUCUCAGUUUCAUUUUCCCUCCCAUCCCGUCUCCUAACGAUGGCGUCUGGCAGUGCAGGUAGCAGGGUCUCCUGCGGGAGAGAUUUGAGUUGUGUUCCCGAAGUGGCGGAUACCCUCGCGGCGGUCGCCAAAUUAGGCUUUGAUUUCCUGUGCAUGCCGCUUUUCCACCCGCGGUUCCGAAGGGAGUAUGAACGGGACCCUGCUAAGUCACGGCCCGGAGCCCAAACACGCUCUGACCUGCUGUUAUGUGGCAGAGAUUGGAACACUCUUAUCGUGGGAAAGCUGUCACCCUGGAUUGAGACAGACUCAGAGUUGACCACAGAACGCAGGAAUUCAGAAGCAGCACUGGUACAGGAGCUCAAUUUCUGUGCUUAUCUGGGGCUGCCAGCUUUCAUGAUCCCCCUAAGGGGUCCACACUGUGCCAACCUGGCUCGAAUCCUGCUCAACCACAUCCACACAGGACACCACUCUUGCAUGUUUUGGAUACGCGUUCCACUGUUAGCUCCCGAGGACACGCGUGAAGAUCUCAUCGAGAACGAGUCAUUUAAACAAAUGGAUGAUGGCAGCAAUGAUGAGAAGACCUGGGCAUGGUGGCACUCAUUCAGAACACUCUGUGAUUAUAACAAGAGGAUAUGCCUUGCUAUUGAAAUUGAAGCAGACCUGCCAUCUGACACGUUGAUCGACAAGUGGCUUGGAGAGCCAAUCAAAGCAGCCAUUCUCCCCACCAGCAUAUUUCUAACCAAUAAAAAAGGGUUUCCAGUGCUUUCAAAAGCCCACCAGCGAAUCAUCUUCCGCCUCUUCAAGCUGGAGGCUCAGUUUAUUUUCACAGGGGAAAACCGCCACAAUGAGAAAGACUUGCGCUCGUACCUGCAGUAUCUGGAGUACCUCAAUCAAAACCGUCCAGCGCCUAAUGCCUAUGAGCACUUCGCCAAAGGCUAUGAAGAUUACCUUCAGUCACCACUACAGCCUUUAAUGGACAAUUUGGAAUCACAGACGUAUGAAGUUUUCGAAAAGGAUCCCAUCAAAUAUUCACAGUACCAACAGGCUGUAUAUAGAUGUCUGCUGGACAGAGUUCCUGAAGAACAGAUGGAAACCAAUGUGCAGGUUUUGAUGGUGUUAGGUGCAGGCCGUGGUCCACUGGUAAACGCUUCGCUUCGCGCUGCAAAACAGGCUAAGAGGAAACUGCGUGUAUAUGCCGUCGAGAAGAAUCCAAAUGCUGUUGUCACGCUGGAGAACUGGAAAUUUGAGGAGUGGGGUGAUCAGGUGACUGUUGUGUCAUGUGACAUGAGGGAAUGGACAGCUCCAGAGAAAGCAGAUAUCAUUGUGAGCGAGCUUUUAGGGUCAUUCGGAGACAAUGAGCUUUCACCCGAGUGCCUUGAUGGAGCACAGCACUUCCUCAAAGAUGAUGGUAUAAGCAUUCCCUGCUCUUACACGUCUUUCCUGGCUCCGCUGUCCUCCUCUAAACUUUAUAAUGAAGUGCGUGGGUGUCGGGAGCGAGACAAAGACCCUGAGUGCCAUUUUGAGACACCGUAUGUUGUUAGACUACACAACUUCCACCAACUUGCAGACCCCAAACCCUGCUUCACCUUUGUACAUCCCACCACAGAUAUGAAUAAUAACCGGUAUCAAUGUCUACGAUUCUCCAUUGGUUGUAAUUCAGUGCUUCACGGCUUUGCUGGAUACUUCGAGGCCACACUCUACAAAGAUGUCACGCUCAGUAUAAAACCUGAAACACACUCUCCUGGGAUGUUCUCCUGGUUCCCCAUCCUAUUCCCUUUGAAACAGCCGAUCUCGCUGUCCUGUGGCGAUAACGUGAGUGUGAGGUUCUGGAGGUGCAACCAUGGAAAGAAGGUCUGGUAUGAAUGGGCUGUGACUGAGCCUGUAUGCUCUGCCAUUCACAACCCUGCUGGGCGCUCUUACACCAUCGGCCUGUAGCAAGACUCACAUGCUGACAUCUACUGACACAUGGGGUUACACUGACUUAUUUUUUGUCUUGUUUUUUUUUAU